AUGGGAAGUCAUGAUAGAGCAAUCACAGUCUUCUCUCCGGAUGGCCAGCUAUUACAGGUGCAGUACGCCCAAGAAGCAGUGAGGCGAGGCUCCGCCGUGGUCGGCGUGAGAGGAUCGAACGCUAUAGUCAUAGCUGUCGAGAAAAAGAUGGUUCCAGAACUGCAGUGCGACAGGACGGAGAAGAAAAUCGUGAUGCUUGAUGACCACGUGGUUCUCGGAUUCGCGGGGGUCAGGGCGGACGCUAGAGUAUUGGUUUCGAGAGCCCAAAUAGAAUGUCAAGCCUAUCGCCUAACAGUAGAAGAUGCCGUAACCAUCGAGUACAUAUCCCGGUAUCUAGCUGGUCUGAUGCAGCAGUAUACUCAGAACAAUGGUCGGAGGCCGUUUGGGGUAUCCUGUCUCGUUGGCGGGUUCGAUGCGGACGGACCGCAUCUGUUCCAGACGGAACCAUCUGGAACAUUCUAUGAGUGGAAGGCAUGUUCCACAGGCAGAGGAGAGAAGGCGAUACGGGAGUACUUAGAGAAGAACUAUUCUUCUAAUCGAGUGGUCACAGAACAUGGGGCCAUUCAGCUCGCUGUCAGAUCUCUUAUGGAGGUCCAGUAUGGAGGGAGGGAGUUAGAGGUCGCAGUACUAAAAAAAUCAUCACCGCUCAUAAUGCUAACAAGUGAAGCGAUACAAUCCUAUAUCACAGAAGCAAAUAAAGAAAAGGAAUGUGCGAAGAAAUAA